GACCUCACGCUGCGUCUGUUGUACUUUCUGAUGACGGAGGAGUUUGAGGAUGGCCAGUCCAAGUCGACCCUACUGGUCUACUUCAGCCGUGUCCUUGGCCUCACGUCCGACGGGACCGGGUUCCGACGCCCGGGGAACUACACGGCAAAUCUGUCUGCGUUCAUCUACUGCGCCCGCUUGGUUAUCAUGGAGGUGUUAUCACCCCAACUUGACAUGUUACUCCCCCAGACCAGCCACGACUAUGUCGGGUACCCAGCAAGGCCACGCCACGGACAGCUCAGUAUCCUAAACCGGGUCCGCCGAGAGACGAUGUGCCUCGCGUCGCAAGCGCCGCUUGGCGAGUUCUUGAGCCUCCGCGCGUACGGGCGGACAGUGUCUCUCGCCGACGGUCCCAGCUUCCGAUUUCACUGGAGCGACGACGGCCAAAUCAUUUCAUGGGACGACGGGCGGCUAUCCUUGCAGCAGUUCCGGUCUCUCGCGCACGACAUGGUCGAUCACACGGCCUCGGCUGUCGACUGGUUGAUGUAUAACUGGCACCCGGUCUUCGAUCUAGCCAGGACCAAGGAUCGGAUAGCGAACACCCACCAAGGCUAUUCUUUUGUCUCAGACCCUGCCAACGGCCUUCAUGAGGCCUACCUAGGCUUACCUAGGCCUAUCGCAGCGGGCCUGCCUCUCCACACUCGACGGCCUCUUGUCCAAGGAAGGUUGGCUACCGCGCAGGGUCCAACGCUACCUGGACGACAGUGA